UUUUAGAGCCUUUCUAGUUUCUACUGGAACUAGGGUUUUAGUGCAAACACAGGCAAAGGGGCAAGCGAAACCCUUCUGAUAAGACCACAUAAGCACUUUCCUUCCUAUAAGCAGAGGCUGUUCCUGAGCAUUCCAGCUACUUUUCUGUUUCCUUCUCCACCAGCACUCACAGAUCCGAUCUAGGGUUUGUUGUUUCCAUCACUUGCAGCAGAAAUGGCAAUCGCUGCACAACCUCUUGACAUUCUAGGUGAACGGCAAUCCGGCCAAGACGUUCGUACUCAGAAUGUGGUGGCCUGUCAAGCUGUAGCUAACAUUGUGAAAUCUUCACUUGGUCCUGUUGGUCUGGACAAGAUGUUGGUAGAUGAUAUUGGUGAUGUAACAAUUACCAACGAUGGUGCCACUAUCCUCAAGAUGUUGGAAGUGGAGCAUCCAGCUGCCAAGGUGCUUGUCGAGUUGGCGGAGCUUCAAGAUCGAGAAGUAGGAGAUGGAACAACUUCAGUUGUUAUUGUUGCUGCAGAGUUGCUCAAGAGAGCAAAUGAUCUGGUGAGGAAUAAGAUACAUCCAACAUCAAUAAUCAGUGGAUACAGACUUGCUAUGAGGGAGGCAUGUAAAUAUGUUGAUGAAAAAUUGGCUGUGAAGGUUGAAAAGCUUGGAAAAGAUUCUCUUGUAAAUUGUGCUAAGACAAGCAUGUCCUCAAAGUUGAUAGCUGAUGACAGUGAUUUCUUUGCAAAUCUGGUUGUAGAUGCUGUGCAAGCAGUAAAGAUGACCAAUGCACGAGGCGAAGUCAAAUACCCAAUCAAGAGUAUCAAUAUUUUGAAAGCUCAUGGAAAAAGUGCAAAAGAUAGCUACCUACUGAAUGGCUAUGCUCUAAAUACUGGUCGUGCUGCUCAAGGUAUGCCUACAAGAGUUGCACCUGCUAGAAUUGCAUGCCUUGACUUUAAUCUUCAAAAGACAAAGAUGCAAUUGGGAGUACAAGUCUUAGUCACUGACCCCAGGGAGCUUGAGAAAAUUCGUCAAAGGGAAGCGGAUAUGACAAAGGAACGCAUAGGGAAGCUCUUGAAAGCUGGAGCCAAUGUUGUUUUAACUACGAAAGGAAUUGAUGACAUGGCUCUUAAGUAUUUUGUGGAAGCUGGGGCUAUUGCUGUGAGACGUGUUCGCAAAGAGGAUAUGCGGCAUGUUGCCAAGGCAACUGGUGCAACCAUGGUAUCAACUUUUGCUGAUAUGGAAGGGGAGGAAACAUUUGAUCAGUCACUUCUUGGAUAUGCUGAUGAGGUUGUGGAAGAGCGCAUUGCUGAUGAUGAUGUGAUUAUGAUAAAAGGGACCAAAUCUACAAGUGCGGUUUCUCUAAUCCUUAGAGGCGCAAAUGACUAUAUGUUGGAUGAAAUGGAGAGAGCUCUGCAUGAUGCUUUAUCUAUUGUUAAAAGGACCCUUGAAUCCAAUAUGGUAGUAGCAGGUGGAGGUGCAGUUGAGGCUGCCUUGUCUGUGUAUUUGGAGUAUCUUGCUACAACUCUAGGAUCUCGAGAACAGUUGGCAAUUGCAGAGUUCGCUGAAGCUUUACUGAUCAUACCAAAGGUACUUGCUGUCAACGCGGCUAAGGAUGCCACUGAAUUGGUAGCAAAACUACGUGCUUACCACCACACUGCUCAAACAAAGGCUGACAAGAAACAUUUAUCAAGCAUGGGGCUAGAUCUUUCAAAGGGCACCAUUCGUAACAACUUAGAAGCUGGAGUUAUUGAACCUGCAAUGAGCAAAGUGAAGAUAAUUCAGUUUGCCACUGAAGCAGCCAUAACCAUCCUUCGAAUUGAUGACAUGAUCAGGCUUGUGAAAGAUGAAAGCCAAAAUGAUGAGGCGUAGUGUCAGUAUAUUUGAAGAUAUGGUGGGACCUAUUAUUCUGUUAGUCCUAUCUUUUUUCUCUGGUAAGGGAGGAGAGAAAUUGAUAUGCUGUUCCCAUUGCUGUUAUACCUUCAAGAGUAAGGGCUUGGAUGAUUCUUUGUUUUGCCCUUAAACGCAAGGAUGCAUGUUUUCUAGAGCCAUCUUAUAUAGCAAAUACGGUGCCUUCAAGUGUGAUGUUAUUGAUGAAAACAGUAACCUGCGAGCCAUGAAGUCCCACUGUCAACUGUGCUACCCUUGAUUUUGUCAUUUUGUACCGUUGAGUUGGACGAUAUGGGUUGGAUUCUUUUUCGUGAUUGUUUUUGUAGGUUUAUCGAGUGAAAACUUUAAUUAUUAUCAUCAUAUUAGUAGUUUUCCUUUUUUCUGGCA